UUUCCCAAUGUGGAAACCCUUCUAAGAAUCUUUCUCACCAUUCCUAUAUCAAACGCAACUGGAGAACGGUCAUUUUCUGUGUUGAAAAGGAUCAAGAAUUACUUGUGGAAUUCCAUCAGCCAAUGUAAGCUGGAAGAUUUGUCUAUUUUAUGCAUUGAAUCAAAG